UUGCACCCUUUGCUUUGAUUGGAUGCUUCAUCCACUACGACGAACGGUGAAAAGUUUUUCUCUUGUGUAAAUUUGCAGAAUUUCUGGGGGAGGUGCGAACAGUCGUUUGAGAUAAUCUCGAUUUUCCUUCAAUUUAAAUUGAAGCAUUUUUUAUACAAGAAAAUUACUUCAAACACACAGCAGCAAUACAAACAACUAUAGUUCCACGCUAAUAAAGAAUAAAAAAACCAAAAAAUAUCAAUUGAACGACGAAAUCAAUUAACGAUUUUAAACAUUUAAUCAAAAACCCUAACUCAUCCACAAACAAACAAAAAAAAAUGGCGCACAUUGGACGUACAGUUAAAAAUGUUGAGGCGCCACGCCCAUUAAAAUCACAAUCACGCUCAUCACUGAAAAACAACUACAUGCUGAUCGAGGAGCUAAUACAAUUGAUUGAGAAUGUUGCGUUGACUCUACAAUCGGGCAUAAACAAUACGGAACCGAUGGCUGCGCUAGUGCAAAAUCUACGCAUACACGGACCACAAUUGGAAACUGUAUCUAAAGAUACAUUAGACCGUGCAUUCGUUGUGUUCCGCAAUGCUUCGCAGGACGAACGCUUAAAUAUUAUGACGAGACUGAAUUUGCUCGAAUUGAUAGAGUUGCGCGCCAAAGGCUGGGAAGACAAUGGCUUCAAUUCGUACUACAAAACCAAACAAGUAACGAACAUCGAUCUAACCGAUGGACAUGUUGAUCCAACGCAAACCGGGUUCCUAAGCACCUCCCCCACAUUUGGUGGGGCUGGCGCCGCUGCGGCAGCAGCUAUAGCAGCUGUUGGUUCGGCGCAGCAAACACAACUACUGUUGGCACCGGGUGAGGUCAUACGAAAUUCGGGAAAGUUUCCGAAACCAACUAAAAUACCAGGCAAAACUUAUUGCAAAGAUGAAGUGGUUAUACGCAAUGCAGAUUCGGGAAAAGUAAUGGGCAUUAAAGGCAGACGUGUCCAUAUGAUUGAGGAAUUAAGUGAAACGAUAAUUUCCUUCCAAAGAGUAAAUCCUGGCGCUAAGGAACGUUUGGUGCAAAUUACGGGACCGACUGAAGAAAAAAUCAACUAUGCCAAACAACUCAUCGAGGAUACCAUACGUCGCAAUGCCUCACCUGUACGUCUCGAUCCAAUUAUUAGUAGCGGUCAUGCUGGUGGCGGCGGCGGUGGCUCUUGUUCUUCACUAGCGUCUUCCAAUUCUGAUGAUGCCGUUACGCCACGUACACCAGGCGCUGGUGGUGCUGCCACAAGCAGCCUAGCUAAUCGUCUAAGCUUCAAUUCGGCGCAAAAUUUCAUGACUGGCUCUGCGGCAGCGGCGGCAGCAGCAGCAGCAGCUGCUGCACAACAGCAACAGGUCAUGAAUAUGAUGGGUGCCGUCGUUGGUAGCACUUCCACACCUACGGCUGCUGCCGCAGCUGCAGCUGCUGGUAAAGUGUUGCGUCCAAAUCAGCAAAUGUUAUUGCAUUCAUUUUCCACCAAUGAUGCUUCUUUAGGUGAAUACAAAUACACGGUGAACGUGGGACAGCAUCUGAUAAAAAUCACCGGCGAUUGUUGUGACCUUGUGCGGGUUGCAAAAUUAGUGCUGGAUGAUUACUUUAGCAGCGCUGAGUUCUUAGCUUCAGUGGAGGCUGGCGCCGCAUUUGAUGGCAGCAUUGUCAGUCCGAUUUCAACACCGUCCACGCCUAUGGCUGCACCACAGUUCAUGAUGGGUACACCCUUGCACGCUGCACCACCGCUAGCAGAUAGCGGAAUCGGCUUAAAUUAUAUGGCCGCACAGGCUGCCAAUAGCGGUGUACAUGAUGGCGAUGAUGAAGUAUUUGCUGAUACAAAUGCUGCAGGUCAAAGCAAUGGCUUAUCGCGUUCACGUAGAAGUCACUUUUCCCGUAAAGACUCUACACCAGAAUCAGCAGCUAACUCAACAGCUGCACGUGGCAAAAAUGAUAACACCACUGCCGGCGCCGCCAGCGGCGAUACGCCACGAAUUGUACACGAAUACGAGCAUUUGCUUUACUAUGCGAAGAGUCCCCAUUCCUGGGCACUGCCAGAGGAGUGGCAGAAAAUCUGCGAAAAGUUCCCAGCCAUCGUACGCAAUAAGGUAACACAAUUCAAUGCCACAACAGGCACUGUUACUAAUACAGCACCGAUAUUACGUGUUGCUUCCAUUACUACCAAUCCUACUAUUUCUACUCCUACUUCUACUAUUACUACUACCGUCACUGCAAAUACGACCAGUACUUUGCCAAAUAUUGCUAGUAAUAAUAAUAAUAAUAAUAUAAAUAAUCUCUAUGCUAACGCCACAGUUGGCACCGUUGUUAGUGUCGUUAGUGCUAAUGUAACGAUUAGUAGUAUAAAUAUGUCCACAAAAACUACAAAUAUGUUAGCGCAGUCACAACCGCCCACAGUUGUUAGUACAACACAAACACAGGCACAGCAGCAGCCUACACCUAUGCACACCCACACUGGUGUCAGUUCAAUCGCACACAAUCGCCUGGUUUAUGAGCUACAAACACCAUUACAUAUCAAGCGAAAAGGUUUCUUUAAUCGUCAAAUUGUCAGUAUUGAUGAGGAGGGCUACGAUGCGCUGCAACAUCAGCAACAUCAAUACCAUACAGAGCGUCAUUAUAAUACUAAUGUUAAUGCUGCUGGCGCUAAUAGCUUAUAUCACCGCCCCUAUGGCCAACGAGCAGAUGCUAAUGCCAAUAAUAGCAAUAACCAACAAGCAAUGCACUAUCAACAACAUCAACAUCACCACGCAUUGAAUCAGCAUCAACAAAAAUUUAUGUCUGCGCGCCCAGGUACUACCACUCCCAAUUUCAAUUAUGCUAAUAUGCUAUAUAACGGCGCUGGUGCACUACCACCGGCAACUACACAAGCGCCACCUACCAACAAUGUUUCGGCUAGCUUUAAUAAUGGCAACAAUACGGCUGGUAACUCCACCCUUGCCCUCACCACUAUGGAUAAUAAGCCACAAAAAUUAUUAAAUAAACAAAUUAAAAUGAUUUCCUCUAUUACGGAGAGCAGUUUUCCCAAUGAGCCAACUGAGGAAUCUACCAACAAUGCACUUGAGUCUAACGAGAAUGUUGAAAAAGGUGUUGAUGUUGAUGUUGAUGUUGAUGUUGGUGUUGAUGCUGAUGCUGAUGCUGAUGUUGUAGUAAUUAGUGCCACUGAGGGCGAAACGGUAAAGGUGGCUAAGAACAAAUCAAGUAAAUCGAGAAAAAUUCGGCGCAACAAAGGAAGUAAUGAGGUCAUUGAAGUCUACGAUAACGAUGAUAAUGAUACUGACGUUGAGUUUGUUAGCGAAACAAAAUAUAUGGAUACCGAAAUUGUCAUCACUGCUGAUGUUGUGGCAAAUCAGAGACGUGCCACUGAGCGACCAAAAUUUAUGCGUGAGUUUCGAUCGAAUUCGACUUGCGAUUAGUAUAAAAAUUAGGAGGCAAUGAAAGGGAGGGAGCGAAGGUUUUAAAACGAAAGUAAAGUUUUGUCUAAAAUAGAAGGGACGUGAGAUGAGUAAAAUGAGAGUGGAAUGCAAAAGUAAUUACCAUGAUAAAAACUUUACAAUAAUUAUAAUUUUUGUAUUAUGGUAAUUACGAUAGAGGAAUACUUUUCUCAACGAAAAAAAAAAAACUGAGUGAAGCUCUCAAAACGAGGAGACAUUUUUUUUAUAGUGGAGCGUUUGUUAGUUGUGAAAUACGACAAACGAUUACUUUUUUUUAAGCAAUAAUUUUUGGGAAAUUUCAGAAGGUAUCCAUUAUACAUAUUUCAAGAGGAAAACAAUAAGCUAGCGGCGUUAGUCCUUAGAAAAUAGUAUUAGUCGUUUCGCGGAAGCAGUGCGAAAAGCCUAAAGCUUUUAAAUAUUUAAAAAUUCGUCUGCAUUUGAUCCCAGUGUAAAAAAUGUCACGGCUUUUUAGUGUUAGAAACCUUAAAUGAAAUACAAAUUUAUCCAUUUGGCAGCUCAGUUGUCAAUUAUUUACACGAAUGAUUGCAUGAAUUGUUCAACAAUACACAAUCUCAAAAACGUUAAAAAAAAAUGUGUCAAACUGUCCCUAUAAAAUAGCGGAAAAAACUGUGUGGCAUAAUUU